GAAACAUAUGCUUCAUAGGCUGAAGAUAGGCUCUGACUAUUAUUCACGUCUUCCAGAAAGCCAGAAGAAGCUAGUCAACGAAUAUCCUGAUACUGUUGAAAAAAUCAAAUCUUGUAUCAUCCAUAACAGUGAAUUAAUAAGCAAAGUUCUGCGAAAUAUUUCCUCAAAUAUAUUUGAUGAUCAUCCCUUCUCUUUCGAUCAGGGAAAGGCUAUUAAUGGCACUGAUAAGGAGGCGUCAAUUAUUAAUAACCCAUACGGAGUUACCUCUGGGGAUAUGGAUAAAGUUCGAUCAACAUUAAAGCAAUUUGUCCGCGACUGGUCAUCUGAGGGGCAAGCUGAACGAGAUUCUUGUUAUAAACCUGUUCUAAACGAGUUAGUCGAUAUAUAUAAAGAAAAAGAUAGAUCCACUCUUCAUAUACUAGUGCCUGGUGCUGGGCUUGGACGUCUCGCAUGGGAAAUCGCUCAUUUAGGCUUUAAUUGCCAAGGCAAUGAGUUCAGUUUACACAUGCUUCUCCCAGCAUAUUUCAUCCUCAAUUCUUGCCGUAAUAUUGACUCUUAUACACUCUAUCCUUGGGUGUCACAGUCCUGUAAUAUUUUGUCUCGCAAGGACCAGUUAGCAAGCGUUCGAUUCCCUGAUGUUUCUCCUUCUGAUUUGCCGAAAAACAUCCAGUUUUCCAUGGCCGCUGGUGAUUUCCUUGAAGUUUACUCCGAAAAAGGUUUAGUAUUGAUAUUUUUGGUCUUAAUAUUUUCAGAUUAUAUUUGUUCAAUUCCUUUCCCCCUACAAGUCCCUCUCAUAUUAUUAUGUGAUUCUAUGGCUCACAAGACUUAA